AUGAGAAAAAUUUUACAUUAACUUUUGCUCUUUAAUCGUCCUCUUUUAAUACCUAUAUAGAUGAAUCAAUUUAUGUUGUAGAAGCCAAAAUUUAAACUAAGACAACUAAAAUGUAUUAAAUGAAUUUAAAAAUUAGUACUGAUAAUGAAAAAAUUGAUGAAUGGACUUAGCAAGAUCUUCCUUUAACAACUUGCACUCCAGAACUUAUUAGAUAAAUUGAAUUAUAAGAUUACUUUUCCCAUUUAGAUUUGCCAACUAAUUAUUGUAUUGAUUGGAAUAAAAUUAAAGAAUUAAAUUUAGAGGGCACUUUUGAUUCUUUAAUUUAUAGCGCUAUUUUAUUAGAAUUUAAAAUUUGCAAUAAUUUAACAAAAAAAUCCAAAGAAUGCUAAUCAAGGGAUGAAAUCAAAAAAUAGUUAGAAUAAAACUAUUUUUCUUUUUAAAUAUCCUCAUAUGUUGUUGAUGUGAAAAAUUAUAAUUAUCCUUUUUUUUCAAAAGUUGAAGAUACAUUUACUACUAUAUCUAGUAAGAUUUUUAAAGAAAUAUCAUUUUAUAUGUAGCCAUUAACAGUAUUUACAGAUCUAGGAUUUUUCAAUGAAGAUUACGAAGUUCAAAACACCUUAAGAUAUAAAAGACAUACAGAAAUGAUAGAUUUAAAUGAGAGUGAUUUAAUUAUGAAUGUUGUAAUACGAUUAGAUUAAAUUGAAUAAUAAUAUUAUAGACAUUACACUAAAAUUCAAAUUAUCAUAAGUUAAAUGGGUGGACUUUGGCAGGUAUUUUUUACUGUUGCUUUUCUAAUACAGAAACCUGUAAAUAUGUUAUCUUAUUAUGUUAAAAUUUUGAAUUCGUUAUUUGAAUUUGAGUAAGAAAAAAAUAUAAAUGCCACUAAAAAUUAAAGAAAUGAAUAUCCUAAUCCAGAAACACUAGAAUAAGAAUUUUCGACAAGGUAAUAAUAGCAAUUCACCAAAGAACUAACUUUUCAGAAUAAAAAAAAACCCCUUUAAAGAUUAUAAUCUAUAAAAAGAAAGAAGAAACAAAUGGAAGCUAUAGAUUCCCUAGCUUUAGAUCCUUAAUCAAAAGAAGAUACUAAAAAAUAAUUAGUAUAAGCAAUGUCUUUUUCGAUAAAAUAAUAUUUUCUUAGCAUUUCAAAAAAGUUAAAAAUGAAAUGGACUGAUUAUUUUUAUUUCAUAAACUGCUUUGUUAAGUAAAUUGUAUUUAUUAUUUAGGUCCAAAAAUUAUAAAAGUCUUCAAAUUUAAUAUUCCUUUAAUAAAAUAAUUAAAUAAAUGGAUAUUUUAUAUAUACUGAAAAAACUGCAAGAAAUAGAUAAAUUGAAAAUGAUAUUGUUAACAGAAUCUUAGAUUAAGAUUUUUGAUUAUCUGUAAAAACCUACAAUUCCAUUAGAUCCAGAUUCGGCAAAGUUUAACAUUACUUAAAAUUAUUAUUCUAUUAUAAAACCUAUAAAAAGCAAAUAUUAGAAAGCUGUUGAUGCUCAAAAUGCAUUUAAAGAUAUCGUAGAAAAUCUUGAUAAUCCAAUUAAUUAGAAAUUAAUAAAUUCUAUAGAUCAAAAUAUUUUGGAUUUAUUAAAAAUUAGAAAGGAUAGUUUGGAUUAAUUAUCUUAAGAUGAUGUCUGCAUUAGUGAACAAAAAUAUGAUCGAAAUGCUGUGCUUACAAUUGAUAUCAAUUAGAGGCAUUUUUCAUUAGUAAACUGA